UCAUCAUCACCGGCAAAAAUACGUCUUCACCCCCACGACUUUCCAGAAUGGAGAAGUCCAGUUACGAGUUAGUAAAGAUGGCGGCUCGCAGUGGUCGGAGGGGAGGUAGCUUUCACGGAGGAUACCACAAACGCAACUCUGGAAAGGGCGAAGGAAGCCACCAGAAAAUCUUGCGCCGGGAACCAAAGGUAGACGAAAAUUCCCCCAUCGUAGCCUCCUUCCGCACCUACCAAUCCCUGAUGGACAGGAAGAACGAUAAGUUUGAACGAUUGGUGAAGAUCAGCAGAGAUGUGACAAUACAGAGCAAGAGAGCCAUUUUUCACAUCCACAGGAUCAACAGCGGCGUUGACAAGACCACAGUUUUAGGAGAGGCAGAUGAAAAGCUGAUCGCCGUACGAGAGAAGUUGUGUCAGAUUGCCUUGGAGCUGCAGGGAGAAGAUCUGUACCAGUACAUCAGGGCCUUCUCACCUGGACUACAGGAGUACAUUGAGGCUGUUUCUUUUCACCACUACUGUCUGGGGAAGGGGCUGGUCAGCUUGACCCAAGUACAGACUGACCUAGAGUUUCCAGCCACAGAAAAGCCAACCACAGAAGACGGGGAGUGUCCCUCCCACCCAGCAGUGACCUUGUAUGUCCCUCCCAUCGAGUACAUGUUGGGCAUCGCAGACUUCACCGGAGAACUGAUGCGACUGUGCAUCACCAGUGUCAGCAGCGGGGACAUGGAUCUGCCCUUCCAGCUCUGCCAGUUCAUGCGAGAAGUCUACCACGGCUUCAGCUCCUUCAGUCACGCGGGGUCCUGGGAACUGUCCAGAAAGAUGCACACCUUGAGACAGAGUCUGCACAAAGUGGAGAACGCCUGCUACACACUACAGGUGCGAGGACUGGAGAUCCCCAAACACAUGUUAGCUGAUGUCUUCAGCUCACAGGACUCAGAGGACACAGGAGAGAGAAGGAACGACAUGUCAUGAUUCAUACCCAGGCUUACAACUUAGACCUUUGUUAACAUUGUUGGUUUGUUAAAGGAUUGGUGUUAUUUUCCAAUAGAUAAUAAUAUUACGAAGUAAACAAUGUAUUAUUACUUCACAAGCAUGUGGAAUUCUGGAAAAAGUCUGACAAUUACAUGUAUGUAUCAACUGAUAAACGUUAUAUUGGAAAAUAACACCCUCCUCCUGACUUAAGUGCUGUUGCCUGUUUUGUUGAAAAAUUGUAUUUGUCCUUUUUUGACAAACUGGUUUCCAGCACUUUUGAUGAAAUACAUGUCUCAACAGAUUAGUUUUACAUUUUGAUAUUGAACAAUAUACACUGUAGUUGCUGUACUAGUACUGAUAGUAUACAUGUAUAAGUUUCACACAACCCAUUUGUUAUGACUUAGCUAUUUUGCUAUUGUUGGGAAGACAAAACCUUUUUUUCGAUUUGGAAGCAUACAGGAAGUUGCUGUUCAAGUUACUGUCAGUGUUGUCUAUGAAAAAUGUAAUAAUUCCAUUGAAAAAAGUCUUAAGUGAAUUUUUUAACGAUUUCAUUAAAAAAACAUUUGCAAGGAAACACUUAGAUUUUCAACAGAAAAAAUGUUCCUGAUUUCUUAUGUUGAGAUUUCUUGAUAACUGUUAGGUAAGACUGAAAUAAAGGACAGGGUGUCCCUGAUACAACAAGUA